GCACGCACGACAUGUUCGCCGUCACGACUCGCCCCCAACUCGCCGCCCGCGCCGUCGUCAAGACGCAGCGCGCGCACCGCCGCGCCUCCGUCGCGGUCCGCGCCGAAAACGACGUCUCCAAGGCGGUCGAAGAGGCGAACUCCGAGUGGAAGGAUGCCGACGCGGCGUCCAAGCAGCCGACGAUGCGCGUCGACGCGAUCGACCCGGCCGACGGCUCCAUCGCCGAAGCGGCGCCGCUCGGGAACGAUAACUCCAUGCUCGACUCCGUCAUGCUCGCGUUCAAGGACUCGCGCGCGGUGGAGACGAUCAACGGUCGCGCGGCGAUGAUUGGGUGGACGGCGGCGCUCUACGUGGAGCUGACGUCGAACACGAGCUUCAUGCACCAAUUGUUCAACGAACGCACGUUCACGCUCGCGGACGGCAUCACGCGCACGUCCACGUACCCGGCGGCCGGGUUCUUCCUCGUGCCGGCCUGCGUGAUCUUGACCUUGGCGUCCUCUUUGGCGCCGGCGCUCAAGAAGUCGUCGCCGAACGGCUUGGACGAGGCGCCCGAGGCGUUCGGGCCGUUCCGCGCGGAGGCGGAGAUGACGAACGGUCGCGGUGCGAUGAUCGGUCUCGUCGCGUUGCCGAUCGUCGAAAAGAUCAUGGGCGGCUCCGCGCUGUUCUAAUCGAACGAUAUCGGACAAAGAUAAACAAACAACAUUUUUUCAAGCAAGGAUGGGCAGCGCUAACGAUGUGCGCUCCGCCGCGCCAAUUUUCACGACGAUGAUCGAAGACUUCUUACUUAGUCAGUUAGUGUAACAACACGAAAACAUUUGCGCAUC